UCCCCUUCUCUGACGUGCAGCGGGGGUGCCGCACCAGCAGGGGGUCUUGCAGCGGGCGCUACUUUAAAAGCCCCUUCUGAGGGAUGCGCCACAUCCACUGAGCGACUCUCUCCUGCUGCCUGCGCGCAAGUUUGUCUCCAACUUAACCCAAACACGAGAGCAGGCGAUCAACUCGGCCAAAACGAAAGUUUAUUGUGAGCGUUAUUUGAGGGGGAAAUUUACCGACAAAUGUGGCUUCUUGGAUCAACUUCCCAAGUGAUGAUGAUGGAUGAGCGCCUGUCUCCGUCCGCACGCUCCGUCCAGAGCCCGGGGGACAACCCGUCCACCAUCCACAGCAUCGAGGCGAUACUGGGAUUUAAAGAGGACGGCAUCUUCCACAAAGCGGCCUCCUACAGCCUGACGGACAAGGUCCUGGUCAAAGAGGCAGAGCGGAAUGUAAUUGUGACGCCAAUGAAGAAAAGUCCGUCCUCGGAAAGUUUUGACAGUGUUUGUUGCGCCAGCAGCGCCGCGGACGCGUCGGCCUGCCCGGACUCACCGGACCGAGACGGCAAACUGUCCGACGACGAGAACCCGAAGAAGAAACACCGCCGGAACCGAACCACGUUCACCACCUUCCAGCUUCACGAGCUGGAGAGAGCCUUCGAGAAGUCCCACUACCCGGACGUGUACAGCCGAGAGGAGCUGGCGCUGAAGGUCAACCUGCCGGAGGUCCGCGUCCAGGUUUGGUUCCAGAACCGGCGUGCCAAGUGGCGUCGGCAGGAGAAGCUGGAGGUGAGCUCCAUCAAGCUGCAGGACAGCUCCUGCUCCUCCUUGCUCUCCUUCAGCCGCUCCCCCACCAGCUCCCUGGGCUCCAGCCUGCAGCUGGACCCCUGGCUCUCCACCCCCAUCACCACCUCCACCUCCCUGCAGUCCCUCCCGGGCUUCAUCACGGGCUCGCAGGGCCUCUCAGGCACUUACACCCCUUCUCCUCCCCCCUCCAUGCCCUCUUCCUUGCCGGCCUCCUUCCUCAACUCUCCUGCGCUGGGACACAGCGCUCACCUGCCCCACAUGGGCUCCAUGUGCCCCCCGCCCCCCGUGUACCAGUGCUCGGCCGACCCCAGGAACUCCAGUAUCGCCUCGCUGAGGAUGAAGGCCAAGGAACAUAUUCAGUCUAUCGGGAAGACGUGGUGAUGCUCAGAGGAGGCGACACACGGACACCAGAGCAUCCUUUGAAAAAACUGACUUCCUCUUCAUGCAGACGGGACUUUUAUUCUGGAUGUUUGAAAGACUGAAAUCUACAGUUGGCAUCCUGGACUAGAGACAAUCCUCGCCACUUAUCAGGGUAAAACUUUAAGCAACAUCUAAACGUUUAAUAAAUGGUUUGAUGAGGUUGUGAGUGGUGUAACUGUCAACAGAAGUGACUCCUCAAGGCUCUGACAGAAGGAGGUACAAAACAGAUAAUUAAAAGCAAAAAUUAUAUGAAAUAUGUUUUUAUAGAAGUUAUUGACAAAUACCGUAAAAAAACAAAAAAAAAAGAUUAAAUGUUUGUAUGCUGUUUAUAAGGGGACUCAAAGUGAAGCGAGCUGUACUGAGAAUCUGUGACUCUUACUGUGAAAUUCCUGUAAAAUAUGAAACUAAAGCCGUCUGAGGAUCAUCGUUUUCUUCUCCUUCAUCGUUUCCGGUAACUUUCACAUUCUUUCAACCCAACUUCACUCUUAUCCAGCGUCACGUUGCCGACACAACAAAGUCCAUCACCCCUCAGUAUUUAUUCUACUCAUCUUUUGAUCCAUUCUUCCUCUGCUGGUUUUUUGAUCUUCUUCAUGAAAGAUUUACCCAAUGUGAAUAUUUUCUCUAUACAAUAAACUUUAUAUGUUAAAAAAUA